CCUUGGUCUUCACAGUCAUGAUGGGGUUUGCCUUGCAGGCUGCAGUAUUAGGAAUAUCUAAAAGUGAACCAAAAAAUGGACAGUUGUCCAUACAAAGAUCCGGUCACAGGAACGUCACGUUCUUUCGAAAGGACAUAAUACAGAUGCAAAAACAUCCUGAAAGGCAAGCCAUCAUGAUUUUGGAGGAGAGAAAGGUAAACUACAAUGAAAUUAAGAGAAAAUCCAUGAAGAAGAGGAGCGUAGAACUGUAUGCAGAAUUUGGAUCAGGGGACAUAUUCUCAACACUAUCUCCAGAAAGCACCAGCUCUCCAGAAGGAUCGGGUGAUGGGUUCACAACACCAGAAGGAUCUGGAGACGCCCCAACUUCUUCUGUCGACCCAAAGCCCACCAUAACCAUUGCUCCACUACAAUGUCGGAACGGGGGCUUCUUCAAUGGUAAAAUUUGUGAAUGUGGCAAAAUAUAUUUUGGUGACCGCUGCGAGUUUAUCUCAGGGAGAAUAGAAAUUGGACCAUCAAUAAAUGUCACAGUGAAUGUGGAGCUGAGAUUUGUGAAUAGAAUAUUCAAUGAAAAUUUAGAGGACAUCUCAAGUCGGGGUUAUGAAGAAUUUGAGACAAUUUUUAAAAAAGAGAUGGCUUUGCUCUACAGAAAUGUUUCAGGAUACAAAGAUGUGGAGAUACUGAACAUAAGGAACGGUAGCGUCAUUGUGAAUCAUACCAUAAUCGUGGAGGUGGAAUAUAUGUCCGCCGUUGCCCUCGAUGAGACGUAUAAUACAGUAUUCCAUGAUGUUGAGACUCAACUGGAGAAUCUUAAAACUGAAAACUGUACGAGUGGAACAUCUCCCUUGUGUAUUAAUGGAACCAGCUACAGUAUAAAAAGAGUUCCAGUGCCAUCCAUGGAGGAACUUUGUAGCAAAAUAAUUCCGGACAGUUUAAAAGACUUUUAUACUGCAAAUAGAACACAUACGGGUGUCACCUGUUUAUCUGACUGUGAUGCAGAUUCCCCAAAUCAUCAUGACUGUAAUGAUGGUGUCUGCCUGAUUCUCCCAAACACUGGAGCACGCUGCAGUUGUCCAGACACGGAUCAAUUCAUCUAUGCAUCAGGGGACUGCAAAGGCAAGAUGUCCAAGUCAGCUCUCUUUGGAGGAGUUGGAGCAGCCAUCGGUGUCUUGGUAAUAAGUUUUCUCAUUGUGGGAUUCUUUCAGCUCAAGAAGUGGAGGAGGCAGAAAAGGCAAGUGAGCAAAGAUGAAUUUCAACCCAACACUGAUGACAUUUGGGUGGAGGAUGAGAUUUUCACCAACUUUACUGCCAAUAUGAAUGCCCAACAAGAUAGAGAUUCAUCCAGCAGCGGAUCUAUGGUAGAGAACUUCAGACCUGUAUUGGACAAAAUCAAUACAUCAGUUGAGAUUACAACAAAAAGACCCUCAAUCUCCAUGGUAUGAUUGAUGCCAAAGAUCUUCUACCCACUGCCCUUAUUUUACAAGGACAGUUAAAGAGUAUAACAUGGAAAAGCUGGGCAUAUCUCAGAAGACUUUCGUGAGAAGGUCAUCAAGGUCAAGAAACAGA